AAGCAGAAAUUUACUGGAAUUACAAGUGAACAAGUGUUUUAUUACAUGUAUUUAUAAUCCAAACAGAAUUAUUCGAAAUCAUAAAUUAUAUUUUUUUCAAACGCGAAAUAGUAUAAAAAUUCUUGAACAUUGAACUUUCAGUACUCAAAUCAAGUCAAAUUGCACACUUUUAAUAUUUCUUAAUAAAAAUAAUAGCCACAUCGAAGUACAGAGUAUACGGAAGUCGAAUUUUUAAUUUCAAAAACAAAACACACAGUUAGUUCCAGUUGAAGACUAUAAAGUGUCUACAAACUUCAAACUUCAACAUGUCAAACACAUUCUUAUAUUUUUCGUAUGGCAGUAAUUUGUUUUCGAAAAGGAUUCAUAUAAACAAUCCAACGGCAAUCAAGAAAACUACUGCUCAACUAAAGAAUUACAGACUUGAUUUUAACACCUUCUCGAAAAAUUGGAAAGGCGCAAGUGCAACUAUAGUUCCCACAGAAGGUUUCAAUGUUUGGGGUGUCGUUUGGGAAAUAGAUAACAGCAAUCUACCUUGUUUGGAUAAACAAGAAGGUGUUGCAGAUAAUAUCUAUUUUCCUCUGAAAGUUAGUGUCAAAACUCCCGAGGGUCAAAUUUUGGAUUGUCGAUCAUACCAACAGUGCAAUAAUCCUGAGAAACAUAUUAAUCUAAAAUUAUUGCCUGAAGAAAGACAGCCGUCUCCACAAUAUCUAAACGUAAUUCUGAAAGGGGCACGCGAAAACCAUUUGCCCACAGAUUAUAUUCAGUUUCUGGAGAGUAUAUCUCAUAAUGGAUAUAACGGAGAAAUUGAUCAAAGCCUCGCUCCGCAUGGAGUUUGACAUCAACAACCUUCCAGCCUUUCAAGAAACUUCCAACUUUUGGAUUCUUCGUCGCAAAUUCGAGGGCAUGAUCAUCUGACAUGCAUUCCAAUUCUUGUCGAGGAACUCCCAAGAACUUGAGAUCAGUGUUCUUCACCUAUUAAGACAAAGGUGAUAAGUGAUAAAUUUACUGAAGAAAUGACUAAAUAAAUAAUUGACUAAAUAGCAUCAAGAUUAAUAGACAAUAAUCUUGAAUUUAACUAGUAGU